AUGGAUACAAUGGAGACAGUGCCGUGGGAUGAACUUCCGAGUUCGCCCUUGCCCUUGGCCCGACCCUCCAGUGUGAUAGACCUGGAUACACCCGAGAAAUCUCUUGUGAAACAAGAAGGUUUGGAUGCUUUGGAGUUGCCCCCGCCAGCAGCCUUGGCAGUUGAGCCCGUGGAGCCUUCUUUGACCUCGCCAGAGGCCACCCCGAGGCCGAAGCAUUCCGACUUGCUGUACAAGAAUGAUUUGACCCCAGAGAAGGAGGUUCUGACACGAGAUGCUCAGCUUCGCAUCAAGGCCGCUUCUGAUGGUGCUGAGGGAAAGCCGGGUCGAGGCCGUGGACGUGGCCGUGGACGGCAGAGUUCCAAGGCCAGGAAGAACGACACGAAGCAGUCCAAGAAGACUGCUCCGAAGGGCACUCCGAAGGCUCCGAAGGCCACAGCUUCUGAGCCCCAGGAGUGGGAUGAUUGGGCUGAGUGGGAUGGCUCAGCUGAAUGGAACGAUGAGGAGUGGGACGCCUCAGCUGAGUGGAACGAGGAGUGGGACGGCUCAGCUCAGUGGAACGAUGAGGAGUGGGCUCAAUGGGAGGCAGGGACCUGGAAGCCCAAGAAACGUAGCCGUGAGCCAAAGGUUGCAGCUGGAGCCUCCAGAUCCAAGCCUGUGGGCAGGGCCCGCCCUGGCGAUCAUGCUUCCAUUCAUGCUGUGGAUGAGACCGACACCUUCAGCUAUCCACACACCUUUGCCCGUCGCAACAAGCCCCCCAUCAAGGGAAGCGAUUCCGAGAAGCUGUGGAUGGGCAUUGCAAAAAGCUUCCUUCAGGAGAUUGACCACACCCUGGAGAAAGGCACCCGAACCGAAGCCGAGGCGAACUACUGGAAGUAUGCCAGACUUCGCUGGGUUGACAGCGGCAUCGACCCUCGAGAUCCUUGCUUCCCCGAGCUCAUGGAGAUGGCAGCCCAGGAGUUUGUGGUGCUUCGCCCUACUGCUGCCGAGGUUCUUGUGGGGGAUAAGAUAUGUUACUUAUAA